GGAGCUGCCGGAGGAGCCGAGCGAGCUCAGUGCCGGGCGCAGUCUCCAAUGAGCGGCGCGGAGCCUGCUCCCUUGACGACCCGAGCCCGCUGCGCCCCCUCCCCACGACUCACCUGGUGCCAGGUAAGGCAACAGGUCCAGCCUCGCCCGGCGGACAAUGGCCUUGCCCCCGUGAGCUAGAGCCUGCCCCUCGGCGCCUGCCCACUGCCGGCCGGCACGAUGCAGCUGUGGAAGGCGGUGGUGGUGGCCGUGGCCUUCAUGAGCGUGGACGUCGGCCUGACCACGGCCAUCUACAUCCUCAGCCACCCGGACCGCAGCCUGCUGGAGGACAUCCGCCAUUUCAACAUCUUCGACUCGGUGCUGGACCUGUGGGCGGCCUGCUUGUACCGCAGCUGCCUGCUGCUGGGGGCCACCAUCGGCGUGGCCAAGAACAGCGCGCUGGGGCCCCGGCGGCUGCGGGCCUCGCGCACGGCCAUCGCCCUUGUGUGCCUCUCCGUGGGCAUCUACGCCAUGGUGAAGCUGCUGCUCUUCUCCGAGGUCCGCAAGCCGGUGCGGGACCCGUGGUUCUGGGCCCUCUUCGUGUGGACCUACGUGUCUCUCGCCGCCUCCUUCCUGCUCUGGUGGCUGCUGUCCACUGUGCGGCCGAACGCCAAGGCCCUGGAGCCGGGCGCGGGGGCCGAGGCCGAGGCCGAGGGCUUCCGCGGAGAGGGCCCGCGGCCCGAGCAGGCGUCCGGGGCCACGCUGCAGAAGCUGCUGUCCUACACCAAGCCCGACGUGGCCUUCCUCAUGGCGGCCUCCUUCUUCCUGAUCGUGGCGGCUCUGGGAGAGACCUUCCUCCCCUACUACACUGGCCGGGCCAUCGAUGGCAUCAUCAUCCAGAAGAGCAUGGAGCAGUUCAGCACGGCCGUCAUUGUCAUGUGUCUGCUGGCCAUCGGCAGCUCGUUUGCCGCAGGUAUCCGAGGAGGCAUUUUUACCCUCAUAUUUGCCAGACUGAACAUUCGCCUUCGAAACCGUCUCUUCCGCUCGCUGGUGUCUCAGGAGACGAGCUUCUUUGACGAGAAUCGCACAGGGGACCUCAUCUCCCGCCUCACCUCGGACACCACCAUGGUCAGCGACCUGGUCUCCCAGAAUAUCAACAUCUUCCUGCGGAACACGGUCAAGGUCACGGGCGUGGUGGUCUUCAUGUUCAGCCUCUCGUGGCAGCUCUCCUUGGUCACCUUCAUGGGCUUCCCCAUCAUCAUGAUGGUGUCCGACAUCUACGGCAAGUACUACAAGAGGCUCUCCAAAGAGGUCCAGAACGCGCUGGCCAGGGCCAGCAACACCGCGGAGGAGACCAUCAGCGCCCUGAAGACGGUCCGCAGCUUCGCCAACGAGGAGGCGGAGGCCGAGGUGUACUCGCGGAAGCUGCAGCAGGUGUACAAGCUGAACAGGAAGGAGGCGGCCGCCUACACCUACUACGUGUGGGGCAGCGGGCUCACACUCCUGGUGGUCCAGGUCAGUAUCCUCUACUACGGGGGCCACCUCGUCAUCUCUGGGCAGAUGACCAGCGGCAACCUCAUCUCCUUCAUCAUCUACGAGUUCGUCCUGGGAGACUGCAUGGAGUCCGUGGGCUCUGUCUACAGUGGCCUGAUGCAGGGAGUCGGGGCCGCCGAGAAGGUAUUCGAGUUCAUCGACCGGCAGCCGACCAUGGUGCACGAUGGGAACUUGGCCCCUGACCACCUGGAGGGCCGCGUGGACUUUGAGAACGUGACCUUCACCUACCGCACUCGGCCCCACACCAAAGUCCUGCAGAACGUCUCCUUCAGCCUGUCCCCGGGGAAAGUGACCGCCCUCGUGGGGCCCUCGGGCAGCGGGAAGAGCUCCUGCGUCAACGUCCUGGAGAACUUCUACCCGCUGGACGGGGGCCGCGUGCUGCUGGACGGGCGGCCCGUCGGCGCCUACGACCACAAGUUCCUGCACCGAGUGAUCUCCCUGGUGAGCCAGGAGCCGGUGCUGUUUGCCCGCUCCAUCACGGACAACAUCUCCUACGGCCUGCCCGCCGUGCCCUUCGAGACGGUGGUGGAGGCUGCGCAGAAGGCUAACGCCCACGGCUUCAUCAUGGAGCUUCAGGACGGCUACAACACAGAGACGGGAGAGAAGGGAGCCCAGCUGUCGGGCGGCCAGAAGCAACGGGUGGCCAUGGCCCGGGCUCUGGUGCGGAACCCACCUGUCCUCAUCCUGGAUGAAGCCACCAGCGCCCUGGAUGCAGAGAGCGAGUACCUGAUCCAGCAGGCCGUCCACGGCAACCUGCAGAAGCACACGGUGCUCAUCAUCGCGCACCGGCUGAGCACGGUGGAGCGGGCGCACCUCAUCGUGGUGCUGGACAGUGGCCGCGUGGUACAGCAGGGCACACACCAGCAGCUGCUGGCCCAGGGCGGCCUCUACGCCAAGCUGGUGCAGCGGCAGAUGCUGGGGCUCGAGCGCACCUCGGACUGCACCGCCGGCCACCACGAGCCGCCGGCCAAUGGCUGUCCCAAGGCCUGACCGUCGGCCCCUCCCUCGCCCGGUGGGGCAGAGGCCCCUGGCGCCCGCCUGGCAGAUGUGCCCGUGAGGGGCAGCCCCCCGGCGCUGCCCCCCGAGCCCAGGCCCACGGCACUAGAAGGCAACCGGCCAUGUCCCACAUGUCACUGCUUCCUGCAUCUUGCCCCUGGUUCCCGCUCUGUGCCCCAUGACCUGUCCCCCUCCACCCCCCACUGCCAUGAGCCACUCCCUCCGGUCUGGGCCAUGAAGACACGGCUGGUCUCCUGGCCUCUACCCGAAGGCAGACCACCUUUUAAACCGAGACCCUCCCAGGUUUUUUACCGCUGGGUUUGAUGGGCCCAGUCAACUCCUAGAUUUCAAAACCAUUUUUCUAAUUGGGAGUAAUGGUGGGCAAGGUCGCUGAGAUGUUCUAGAAACUUCUGAGCCAGGAGUGAUUGAGUCUUCCUAGGAGCCUGGGGAGGUCAGGGGAGGACUAGGCCUCUACCCUUUGGCCUCUCGAGAGAAGGGGCUUCCCUGUCCCCGAGGGAGGACACAGGGAGGGGACUUUCUGUCUCUCGCUUUCCAGCUCCGUGAGUCAGGCCCAGGGCGGGUAGGGAGAGUAGAAGGCGCCUGUCUGUCCCUUGCCCCUGACACCCUGCCAAGUCUAAGCCAGUCUCACUGUGAACCACAACGAACCUUAACGGGGGAGUGAGGGGCUGGCCAGGCCUGGCGGUGCCUCGGGGUAUCCCCAGCCCGGCACCAAGCUAUAGCCCCUCACCCCCAUGUCCCCCGUCUGGCAGCCCCCUCCCCACACCCACCCCUGCCACCCCGCUGCUCUGAGGCCCUGUGGACGUCCGGGAGACGCGUGCUCCUCCCUGAUUGGUGGAGGGGACAGUGGCGAAGCCCAGGGUCUGGCUUUGCGGGGCGGGUUACGAGAUAUUGAGAGAGCCUGGUAAAUAAAGUGUACUACCUCUUA